AUGACAGACUUGGUCACUUACGUCACUCAUUUGGCUUCAUUUGCGGGUUGUUCAUACUUCAACAUUGUCUCCGUCAAGCCCAAAGUUCUCAAUACAUUGCUAUUGCCACGAGAAGACGUCUUUACAAUGCCCGCACUUCUUACAUCACACGAAGAGCUACGUACUCGGAUGGAAGCAACAGGAAUUUCGGAGGACCAGAUCGCCACCGUCUUGAAAGGGUUAAACCCUCCUCCAGGCGAGGCCGACGCCAAUCCGCCUCCAUAUGACCAGCAAGAUCGAUUCGGCAAACGAGGAGCUCCCGCGCCUCUCCAACUAGCAGAAAUACCCACAUUUGAAGCCCUUCACCACCGCGGACGCCAAACGACCUUCAAAGUUCAUUUCGUCACGAGCGCCGACAACAAAAAAACCUGCCAGAAGAUUGUGCUGGAUGGCCUUCCCAAAUCGCAGGCGGCAUGGACUGUGGACUUUUUGCAGAAGACAGGUUUCAGCAAGGAGCCCAAUCUCCGCAUGUUUCGACAAACCGACAACGGUGAACGGGGCCAUCAGAUUUGCGAAUGUGUCUUCCACCAUCGAGUGAACCAGAACGUCGAGAUUAAACAUCCGUGGUACACCUGGGAAGGAUGGAACCCAAACACUGAAGUGUGGAGCUCCGACACCGGUUUCUUGGACGAGACCUGGAUGAAAUGGCAUUACGAUCUCUCGGAUCCGAGAUAUCCCGAUAGAGCGGUCGUAGUGUGCAAGACGGUGGAGAAGGUUGGGAAACAUAGAACGACCAACGAGCCAGCCGUCCUGGAGGUCUGUCGAGUGAUUCUCAACAAUGAUGUGACCCCUGCGGUGAUCGAGCUUCCCGAGGAGCCGUGGAAGCAUGCCACGGAGGAGCAGAUGGACGAGAUGAUGAGCAAUGCCAUGAUUAAUUAUUGGCGGCGGCAGAUGGGAUGGUGGACAAAGCCUUCGUCAGGUGGAGGAUCGAGGUCGACGGAUACCUCUGGCAUUGCUUCGGUGACUGCGUCGGUGUCAUCUGUUUGCUAG